GAGUCGGGCGAUGAUGAGUACAGGGGCGACCAGUCCGACAGCGACGACGAGGUGGACUCGGACUUCGACAUCGACGAGGGCGAGGAACCCACCAGCGACCAGGACGAGAGCGAGCCCAAGCGCCGCCGCCGCGUUGUCACCAAGGCCUACCGGGAGCCACUCAAGAGCCUUCGCCCCAAGAAGACAGAUGUCCCCAGCGUGCGGCAGUCGACGACGGAGCACACGCGCCAAACCUUCCUGCGCAUCCAGGAGCGGCAGGUCCAGUCCAAGCGUAAGAAGGGCGGCCCCAACUACGACCGGCCUCUGACGCAGGAGGAGCUGCUGGAGGAGGCCAAGAUCACGGAGGAGAUCAACCUCCGCUCCCUGGAGAACUACGAGCGCCUGGAAGCAGACAAGAAGAAGCAGGUCCAGAAGAAGCGGAAGUGCGUGGGGCCCGUUAUCCGGUACUGGUCCGUCACCAUGCCCCUUGUCCCGGAGCCGGGCAAGGAGGAGAACGUGGACGUGGAGGGGUAGGUUGGGGUCACCUUGACACAGCCCCG